CUUUUGUCGAUAGUUGCUCAUAGCGACGUUAGUAGAGUUGAACUAUCGGUACUGUGUAAAGAGGUAUGUUUUGAAGACUGGGAUUUAAUUUUUAUUACAAAAAAAACUAAUCAACUUUUUUCUUAAUUACGGUAAUUGGAAUAAUCAGCGAAAAUGACAACUGUAGGAGUAAAACCAACAACUACCGACAAAAUUAACCCGGUUAAUAUUCCAAGUUAUUCUUACCAAUACCCGUCUCAUCGGAGAGUACAAUUAGCGGCAGUGAAAAAUGGUAUAUUUCAUCCCAAAAUACCCAGCUUCAGAAGAAUGGACAUGGAUACUGCCGGACACAAAUUACCAGAUGAGCACUGCCGUACAACAACUUCUGUAGGACCAGAGGAUUUCAGAAGGUCAUCAUCAACCUUGUUUGACCCACCCACCAACGCCAUGUCUAGUCUGGAAAUAACAGAAACAGGUCGACAGUUACACAGACACUACACAACUCCAGAUGAAUUAAAGAAAACACGUGAUGAAUGGUCUAAUUUCCUGAAUAGGUCUCCAGAAAGAUACAGUAUCAAAUUACCGGAAUUACCUGAAGCUAAAGAUCAAAGAUUUGUAGGUUAUGCUGUUCGAUAUUUAAGACCAGAUAUCACUAAAUCAUGGAGAUAUACACUUCAACAGGAACCAACAUUAGAUCAAUUUGGUCAGAAACCAAUUCCUGCUAAUAUUUAUGCUAGAUACAGAGACACCUACCCACAAUUCAGCAGAAGUAUUUCAUCAGAGGCAUGGAGAUAAACAACCGGAAGUCAAAUCUAGGAUUUAAAUUACAACAUUCCUUAAAAUAAAUGACGAUUUGAAAUAUUCCCAUACCCCAUAAUAAAAUUAUGAAUAUAUAUCUAAAUAUAGAAGAAAAAAGUUCCUUCUAUUUGUUCUCAUACGGAUAAAAGUAUGAAAAAAAGUAUGAAAUUCGCUCAGAAUGUAUGAAAAAAGUAUUAUAAGUUCGCUCACGUAUUAAGUGCUUUAUAGCUUAUUGACUAUCAGUAUUCAUUGUUACAUGUUUAGUAUUUUUGUAUAACGUUUAGAAGAAUAUAUGUUUUGCUCAAAUUGUUCAGUAUUAUCAUAGUUUAUCGUUGUUGUAAAUAUGAGAAAAUUUUACAUCAGUAUUAAGAUCUGUAUACUCUUAUUUUUAUUUGCUGUGAUACUCUUUAUUUUGUAAAUAAACAAAUUUCAUACGUUCAA